AUUCAUAUUUUGAGUUGUACUUGGGCAUUGGCCCAUGGCGUGACUAUCUUAGUCUAUAACAAGCAGUAUCUCAUCACAACGCGUGCACAUUUACUUGAUCGGAAGUAUAUACGAUCUCUGCGGUCAGCCAGGCCUACACGCUGCUCAAAUUACGGACAGAUACGCAAACGCAAUUACUACACAAACAUUGACGCCUGUUCUCAGAAGGAGCCCAAUUAUUAGACGAAGAACAUUUUCUACGGGCCAAGUUUACAGAGCUAAUUACAGAGUACACUACUGAUUAAGAAACAGAAAUUACUAUAGAAAGUGUAAGCACAUGGCUAGCGUCAAUUCCAGAGCCGAGUUGGUCCCUAACAGAGCGUUUACUCCAACAAACGAGGAUUUCAUGAUGGAUUAUGAACCAGAAUGUCGGGCCACAACGCCGUUGAAGACAAGACAGGAUUCUUACGAGAACAUGAACAGUCGACGCUUUGUAGACGAUCCAAGCCAUCAGUAUGAGGACCCAAGCAAACUAGCGGAUGAAGUAUUCCACAGCCAAGGUCGAGGGAGACCCCAUCCUUCGAGUAGAUCAGGUAACAAGCGGCCGAGAAGGAAGACAAAUGAAGCUUACGAACCCGUACCUUACUCUCAGAAGCGGAGAAGAACGUUCACGGACGACUCCGACGAUGGCUACCACAGAGACACGUGUAACAAACUGUUCAAAGUCAUGGCGUUUUUCGGUUUCUUAUUUGGUUUGGGGGCCGCAGUUGUUGUUGUGAUGCUUAUGUUGGGGAUCAUGUUUGUCCCAGGCUGCGACGAUUGUAAGAAAGAAAUCGUACCCAGCCAAAGCUCUACUGCUCAAUCGGUGGGAUCAGCACAGGAAUUAUGGAGAGUGAUCAAGGAAAUGAAGUCAAACUUGAGCGAAUUAAAUCAAGCUAUCAGAAAGAAAAACGAAAUCAUUUCACAGCUUCAGAGACGAGACAUCGAACACACUGGAAAGAUUGUAGAGCUAGAACAAAGAGCGGCUGAAGCAUUUUCCUUCGCGAAAAACUAUAAACUUAAUAUCAGCAGCUUGGUCGGACCGAGGGGCCCGCCUGGAAACCCUGGGCCUAUUGGCCCUUCAGGAAAGGAUGGUGUAGACGGAAGACCGGGAAAACCGGGGCUAGUAAAUAUGUCUCUGUGUGUCUAUCGGGUAAAAGAUGGAGUCCCUUUCACAGCCGAGAGAGCUGGCGCUGGACAAAACGUUAUCGUCACUGAGAACACUCAGGAAAGAAUCAUUGGUGUUACUUGUUCCACCGAAGGAACUACGGAAUACAACUUAAAAAGUUAUUUCAGAGGUAAUCGGAGGCAAUACCAGUGUAUAUGUCGAGGACAAUCGUCUGUGUUUCGUGCGAAGGCUGGCAGAGCUAAAUGCAUUUUGCACUAUUGGGUUUGUCCUCUAAGUUUCUAGCUUUUUCCUAUUUCCUUAUUAUUUUAGAUUCCAACCCAUCCCUCUUUUAAUUAGCCUAAAUGACGCACGUAAAGCUCCAGUGGCUCUAACAUUAACAUAAAUUUCGACUGCAAUCGUGUUCUGUGAUGGCAAUUUAUUGCUCAUAGCCUGUCUGAACUCAUGCUGAGAAUUUAUAUGAUGAAAAUUUGCCAGGAGUGAAAUUUUAACUGUAUGUUAACUCUGGUUUUCAAAUUAACUACUGUUUUACUGUACAUAGUUCUCAGUGAAUUCUCAGUCAAUGUGAAUUUAAAAUUGCGUCAGCCGCUAAGGAUGUCGACAGUCCAUUGUUAAAAGCAUACGCAACUGGGGGAAAUUUUUUUAAGAGGAAUUCAAAAAUUGCAAGACUUGUUUCUCUUAGCUGGA